GAAAUGCGGCCGGCCUAUAUAAGCGGACUGCGGGGCGUUCCCUAGCGCUCGCGGCCGCUCUUCGGGUGCCGGCGAAGGUGAGGCUGGAGGGCAGCUUGUAUUCACUGAGACCAUACCUGUUGGACCAUGGCGGAGGGAGAUAAUCGCAGCACGAACCUGCUGGCUGUGGAGACUGCAAGUCUGGAAGAGCAGCUGCAAGGAUGGGGAGAAGUGAUGCUGAUGGCAGACAAGGUCCUGCGGUGGGAGAGAGCCUGGUUUCCGCCUGCCAUCAUGGGUGUCGUCUCUUUGCUGUUCCUGAUUAUCUAUUACCUUGAUCCAUCUGUGCUGUCUGGUGUUUCCUGUUUGGUUAUGUUUUUGUGCUUGGCUGAUUACCUUGUUCCCAUUCUAGCUCCUAGGAUCUUUGGCUCCAAUAAAUGGACCACAGAACAGCAGCAAAGAUUCCAUGAAAUUUGCAGCAACUUAGUAAAAACUCGACGCAGAGCUGUGGGCUGGUGGAAACGACUCUUUACCCUAAAGGAAGAAAAGCCUAAAAUGUACUUCAUGAGCAUGAUCAUUUCCCUUGCGGCAGUUGCUUGGGUGGGACAGCAAGUGCACAACCUUCUUCUCACCUACCUGAUUGUGACUUUUGUACUGUUGCUUCCUGGACUAAACCAGCACGGAAUCAUAUCGAAGUACAUUGGCAUGGCCAAGAGAGAGAUAAACAAGCUUCUCAAACAAAAAGAAAAGAAAAAUGACUAAUGCAUCUGCCUUACUUGCUGUGGUUAAUGGAGUAUGCUCUGUCCCUGGGAACAGUCUGUGAUAAGCUGUCUGGAUACUAAAAUGUUACAGAAGUAGCUCUUUGCUCCCCUGGUUCUGCCCUUGUUAAUAUGAAUUCACACUUCCCAAGUGAGGUUUGUGCAUAGCGUCUUAGUGUCAGGUAUAGCUGAGUGCAAUCUUACCAGUUGUCCUUAAAUGGACAACUUCUUAGUCAGGAUGACUUGUUUUGAUUUUUCUCACCCAGGGCUGAUGGAAUUUUCACUUUUGGUAAUUUCAGUAGUGAGCUUUACUAUUUGUACAGGUAACAGUAACUGGCUAGUGGUUAAUGAUUGCUUUAGCUAGAUUUAAGGUAGUGGUCUGUGGCUACAGGAAGCUGGUUCUACUGUUUGCUUCCACAGUCUGCUUCAAAAAACUGGCUUCAUGAAUAGAGACCAAGUUUACCACUUCUGAUGAAGAGACCAAGUAACUUCCAUUCCUCACUCUGUUUCUUGACCUUGGAGAAGAGUCUCCAUGGACAAGGUGAAACUUGAUUCCAUGCCCUAGUAUAUGUAGGCUUUUCUCCUGUGCAAACUGUAGCCAUAUUUAGGGAAUAAUUUCUCCCUUGCUCCCCAUGAGGAACCUGGCCAGCUUAGAGCUCUUGUUCCCCUCACUCUCUACUUCCAUUCUGUAGGUCUGUAAAGGGUUUUGGACAGUAGAGUGUUCAAGAAUUUUGGCAUACUGAUCAUUUCAGAUUUUUACCUAACUUAAAAAUACAAAGUAGGUUCUGAAGAUACAUGUCUGACCUUUCCUCCAGAAUCAGCCAGGAAGGGACAAAAGUCUUCCUUUGUUUAAACAGUAGAAAGUAAAACAAUUUUCUAUUUUUUAAGACCAGAAAAGACCUUCAAAAAAAGAAGCCUCAGAAUUCUCACUUCAUGGUAAUAUUGGCUGUGUCUCAGUCAUGCGGGUUUUGGUGUUGGAGCUGGAGCAGCAGCAGUGUUUGAGCGAAAGCAGGGCCUGUGGGGAAGAGGGCUCGUGUGGGGGCUGGCUUCUGGUCCGCAUGGAUCGUCUCGUUCCUUUGUCAGCUUACUCUAACACUCUGCCUCUCAGCUGGACAUGUAGUUGAAAUCUAGGAUUAAUCUUUGAGGGCCAAAAAUGUGACACACUUGGAACAAUUACUUAAUCGAGCUGUAACACAGUUUUGUGGUCAUUGCACUGACGCUGUAAAGCCUGUACCUUGCGGUGUGUCUGUCCUCAAGCACUUCCUCCCCUCCAGCACUGCUGUAAACACUGGCGCCCAUUGUAGCAUAUGUUUGUUUGUUUUAAAUGUUUCAAAUAACAACUACCUUAAUUUUACAUGUUUCCUUGUAAAUAAGCCUGUCUUCCUAUCUGAAUUUGUGUGUGUGAAUGUCAUACCAAUAAACUACUUUGGCAGUUUGAUAAAUGGGAAAAAAUAAAAAAUUUUUAAAAGGC